AUGCAUUGGAAUGAUUCAUCCGGUUCCUCACAAAGUGACAAUGAAGCUCAUUCAGCCUUUACACAGACUGAGCACAACAUAGUUGCAGCUUACUUAAUAACAGCAGGAGUGAUAAGCAUUUUCAGUAACAUUGUUGUGCUAGGGAUCUUUGUUAAGUACAAAGAACUUCGGACAGCAACCAAUGCAAUUAUUAUCAACUUGGCUUUUACUGACAUUGGUGUCAGUGGCAUUGGCUACCCCAUGUCAGCUGCCUCAGACCUUCAUGGAAGCUGGAAAUUUGGAUAUACUGGAUGCCAGAUCUAUGCUGCCUUAAAUAUCUUUUUUGGGAUGGCGAGUAUUGGUUUGCUCACUGUUGUUGCAGUUGACCGUUACCUGACAAUCUGCAGGCCUGAUAUUGGAAGAAGAAUGACUGCCCGUACCUAUGCCGCCCUGAUCCUUGCUGCUUGGAUAAAUGCCGUCUUUUGGGCUUCCAUGCCUACCGUAGGCUGGGCUGGCUAUGCUCCGGAUCCAACUGGAGCAACAUGCACAGUAAAUUGGAGGAAAAAUGAUGCGUCCUUUGUUUCCUACACAAUGAGUGUAAUUGCUGUUAAUUUUGUUGUACCCUUAACAGUCAUGUUUUACUGUUAUUACAAUGUUUCCCGGACAAUGAAAAAAUACACCAGCAAUAACUGCCUGGAGAGCGUCAACACGGAUUGGUCUGACCAAGUAGAUGUAACAAAGAUGUCUGUUGUGAUGAUUGUAAUGUUCUUGGUGGCAUGGUCUCCCUAUUCCAUUGUGUGUUUAUGGUCUUCCUUUGGGGACCCAAAGAAAAUUUCUCCUGCAAUGGCCAUCAUAGCUCCUCUAUUUGCAAAAUCUUCCACAUUCUACAAUCCAUGCAUUUAUGUCAUUGCAAACAAAAAGUUUCGGAGGGCAAUCCUGGCAAUGGUGCGGUGUCAAACAAGACAAGAGAUAACUAUAAACAAUGCCUUGCCCAUGAGCGUAUCGCAAAGUGCACUGACAUCGUAA